AUGCUGACCACCAAUAUGAUUGCCUGCUCCCAGGUGAAUGUUGAACGCCUUCUCAGAAGGGGUUUGGAGGAACAGAGUGACGAGGACGGGAGUUCAGCCCUUUCCAGUUUAUCAUCUGGCUCUCUGUCUUUGACCGACAAGGAAUCUUGGGAGCAAAUUCGCAAAAAGCUCCAAAGCGUUGGUUUAACCCCUAGAGCCUUUGACAAAAAUCGAGCAUUCAUCCUCCAGAUUCUGGAACAAUCCAUCUUUGAGGGUGAUUUCGUAGCAGCUAUUGAGCCUGGCUCUCAAUCAAAAAGAUCGUUGAAUGCGUCAAUAGAUUCUGAGUCUACAGCUGCUCUAACGCUGGCUCCCGCCAUGAUCCCCAAAUCCAGGGUAAAUCAGCCGCCACUGCCAAUGCCAAUCAAAACUGAGAGGAACCGUGAAAGACCAACCCCUGUUACAUCCAAACCUGCUAAAAGACCCAAUGGAUUGUCUAGGAUCGUUUACAGGCUGGCAACCAGCAGGAAUAAAUUUAUUCAGGCUGCUGCAGAUGGGGACCUGCCCUUGGUCAUGCGCGGCCUAGACAUGAAUGUCGAUGUUGAUUACCAAAAUCCGGACGGAGAUUCGGUAUCGAUCAAGGCAGCAGAUAAUGGGCACGAAAGAAUAGUUGAGGCCCUUGUUGCACACGGUGCAGCUCGGAGGGCAUCUAUUGGGACGCGGCUUGACUGUAAUGCAGCUCUAUGCAGAGCUGCAGCAAAAGGACAUGUAAGAAUAAUUGAACUCAUUCUGGAAGAAGGUGGAAUGACUGAAUGGUGCCCGGAACUUGAAAAUUCUUCAAGUCGCCCAGCAAGUCCUCUUUACAUGGCGGCAUCAUCUGGUCAAUUAAGUGCUGUGCAAGUCUUACUGAAAAAAGGUGCAAGUUUGGAGACUCUACAUGGCAAUGGUGAAAGCGAGGCAUUGUUAACGGUUUCAGCGCAUGGGUUUGAAAAUAUCGUCAGAUACCUUCUGGAGAAAGGUGCACGAAUUGACGGGUCAACAUCCGAAGGAAAAACUGCCCUGUCCUACGCUAUCACUCAUCAAAGAGAUUCCAUAGUCGCUUUGCUAUUGAGUAAAGGGGCAUCAGUGGAUAUAAAAGAUAAGGAGCUACGAACAUACUUGUACUUAGCACUGGCAGAUAAGCUUGAUGCUGAUGUGAAAGGCUCAAAGCAGCUGGGAAUAGUUAAAGCGCUGCUUGAGUAUGGGGCAAAGGCAACUAUCAAUGCAAUAGACAAGCAGCAAGAAACCGCUUUGCUCCUUGCAAUAACACAAUAA